GGGAUCCCGACGAGCGUGUGUUGACCUACUGAGAAAGUAGGGUUUAAUAAAGAAUUACAAUUCUAACUUAUCAUUGAUUUAAAAGUGAAUAGUGUGUUUUAAAACUAUUAUUAGUUAAAAUAUUAAAAUCAUGUUCCAAGAAAACGAAAAAGAAUGGAUUUUGGAAGCUAUUAACCAUUUGAAACACAGAAAAGCUCGUCCCGAUUUAUCUAGGAUUAGCCUGCGGAUGAAAAGGAAAUAUCUCAUGAGUUUUGCGCAAACAAAAAAACUUCUUGAAUCUCUAAUUGAAAGUGGUAUUGUAGUAAAAGCUGUUUACAAGAAUAAUACGAGCUAUAGAGAUGUUUCAAAAUGGAAGAAAGGACGCCUAGGUGGUCAAAUUUUAAAUUCUAACAAAAUGUUACUAAGGUUUAUAAGAGCUAUCGAAGCGACCGAAAAAACAAAAGGCACGGGUGUUUCAGCAAAAUGCAUCGAGGAUUAUUUGGCCAGUCAAAGUGAAGAAAAAUGUUUUUUAUCGGGAGCUGCCCUAAAAAAUGCUUUGGAAAAAGAAAUAAGUAAUGGAUUUUUAAAGAAAAGAGUGCAUGGACCUGUACUGCAUUAUUAUGUAAACCCAAAAAACUUAGAAAAUUUGCAACAGCAAGUCUCCAUGGACGAUGAAGACCAAAGUCAGAGUGAAUCAGCUGAGUGUCAAAAUGAAGGUAAUUCACCUGAUAAUGAUAUUACAAAUAUUAGAUCUAGACUUAAUGAUAAUAAUGAACAUUCUCAAUCAUCUGCUGAAAUUGGACUGCUUCUCUCAAGUGUUCUUAAUGCAAUAAGUGAAACUGAACAAUCAGAAAAUGCAGGUUCAUCUUUGCUAGACAUUAAAGAAAUACUUGUUAUGAAAGGAAUUAGGUUUGCAGAUGAUAUAUUUCUAACAGAAUUUUUGGAAAAUGCUGUAAAGAAGGGAUUAUUAGUUAAAAAUGAUCAAGGUCCAGUUGCAUUUUAUGCGGAAAAUAAAAACAGCACUAAUAAAUAUAAACUUUGUGAUGCAUCAGUUGAAAAACCUGAAUGUACUGAGACUGAGUAUGAAAAGAAUACUUCUUUAACAAAAUGUGUAAAUGAAGAAUCACAAGAGUUGGAUUCAGCAAACUUAACAAAACCAUUACAAGGAACUUGGUCCGGAGAAUAUCUACAAUUAAACUUAAAUUCAGCUAUUCCAUUACGCCCACCAUCAAAACGCAAGAGGAUAAUGAAAGAUCAUGGUCCAGAUUUUGAGAUUGAAAUGCCAACCAAACAAAAAGCAAAACAUACAUCAGACAACAGAGAUUCAGUCUACCCAACGCCAGUAGAUUCUCCUGCUAGUGAAAAGUCAGAGUUAAGCAUGUAUCAAAGCUUUAGCUUUGACAAGAAAAAACGAGGGAGGCCUAAAAAGUCUAAAUCAACAAAUUUAGAUUCUUUUGAGGACGACUCCAAACAUGGUGGAUUGUCUGAGCUCUCUGUCACCUGCAUGGAGGAGGAAGAAAAGACGAACCACUCGUCUUCCUACCCUGAUGCCAGUGGCUGGACAGCACAGCAAGUGGCUGAAUAUUUUUCCAAUAAAGGUUACACGGAUGAGGCUCAAAGCAUGCUUGAACAUGAUUUGGAUGGAACUGCUCUUGGGCUACUGAGGCGAUCUGAUAUUGUUGGGCCCCCACUUGGUGGAAUACUUCAUAUAAAAAAGUUGGGUGUAGCACUGAAACUGUUUCGAGACAUUAGGGAUCUGUUGUAUCAAGGCAAUGCUGAAAACUAUUUGGAUCCUUAUGAAGAACGAGCUUUUAUGAGAUCUUGAUAGUAUUAUUGUAGGAAGUUUAGUAAUAUCAACUGUCUUAAUUUUGUCUCAGGAAUAGUUUUUGUUUUGUUUUAUUUCAUUAGUGAUUUUUACUAAACAGUGAAACUGCUUAAUUUUUUCAUGGUGAUAUUUUAUACAUGCAUAGAGUGACUGGUAUGAUUUUAAAUUUUUAAUUCUUUUAGCACCAGUCAGAUGUAGACAUUUAUUUCUGAAAUUUGAGUUUUUAGAGUAGUUCACUUGUUAUUAUUUAAUUAAAAUUGUAUUAUUUUUAAUCUUUAAUUCAAUGAGUUUAAUCUUUAGGCACCUUGGUUACAAAAUAUGUAUUUGGCAAGUGAAUUGUAUAUGCAUUUUGUAAUUCAUGAUUUGGUCUUUCAACUUACUAUAGAAACUGGUGAUUGCUCUUUUACUUGUACAGGUUUUUGUUGGAGCAUAGCAUGAAUUGUAUGAUUUUAGCAACCGAUUUUUCUACGCAAGGGCUAAUAUUUUCACCUAGUCCUUCAAAUAAUGUGAAUAUACAGUUUUUGUACAGCAUAGUCUGUAUUGAGGUGUCCACAUAUUUAUGAAUAAAAAGACAAGGAUACCAGUGAGAACUGUACCAAAAUCUAACCUUGUAUGAACGCAAUAAACAGGUUGUCAUUGCAUCUGGCAUUUAACUUUUGAACUAGCCUGAAACAUGAAUACAUCUAUUUAUAUAUUGAGCUGAUUUUUUAAAGAAUGACUAUGUAUGUAUUUUUUGUUACAAUUCAGAUAUAGCUUAUGUUAAGCUAUUAUGGUGUUUGUUUUUAUUUCUUUUUUUUUUAAAUUGUAUUUUUGGCCAGUGAUGAGGCAUUUUCUCUUUAUACAAUAUUUGAAGAUGUGCAUAGCACAUUCUUGUUAAGAUUUUGCAGUUCGUUAAAAAAAUCUGAAUGUUUGGAAUGUUUAAAAACAUUUGCUGUUUAAGAUUUUUAUGAAAAGGUCACAAUUACUGAGAUUUUUAUUUCAUUAAAAUUUUACUAAUUGAAAAUUCUCAAAGGUAUAGAAUCCUUUGAAAUGUCAUUUAUAAAUAGAUUUUUACCUUGUGUCCUAUGUAUUGAUCAAUAUAUAUUUAUAAAUUUCUCACAUAUGCCACCUAUGAUACACCAAAGAAAUUUGUCUAAGAUUUUCUAGAAGUACCAGCACUUGGUGUCAGAAUGAUUUAUCAUACAAUACAUAUUGCAGACUAAGCUUGAGAUAAUAUAAAUCUGAUCUGAUAUUUGAAAUAUUUCCCAACCCUUGAACAAUUCCAAAAUACAAACAAAUUUUUUUGAGCAAAAAUAUGCAUAAAUAUUGCAAUGUUUACGGUUUCUAGACCACCCUACAGCAAAUCAUUGUCUAAAUAUUGCAAUUAUUAGCUUUCUGGAUAGUUCUAUAAAAAUGUGUUUAAAAGGAGCUGUUUAUUUUCAAGAAAUUAUAUUCACAUGUAGCAAUUAUGUAGUUUGACUACUUAUUUAAGAAAUUCAAAUUACACCAGAACCUGACAACCACAUAUUUUGUCUAACUAUGUAAACAUCUAUUUACUUCCUAGUGCAAUACCAGGUGCACAUAUAAACAUGAACAUUUCCAUGUAAUGACUGUAAAUAAAGGUCUUAAUUUUAGAA